AAGGUACUCCCCCUCACCUACAAGAUGGCUAACAGAAUCACAGCUCCCGAGUUGGAGCAAUUCAUAGUCGCUACUGUUGAGUUGACUGGACGCGUAAUAGGAGCAGGUGCUUAUGGCAGUGUGGAGGAGGUGGAGAUACCUGGGGCAACUGUAGCUGCCAAGAAACUGCACCAACAGCUUGUCAACCUGGGCUCUCCACAGCAGGUUGAGAAAUGGGUGAAUGAUUUCGUGGAGGAGUGUAAGCUGAUGAGCCAGCUCCGUCACCCUCACAUAGUACAGUUCCUGGGGGUGUGCUAUCUCCCUGGAGCCCAACUCCCCGUCCUACUGAUGGAGAAGCUACAAACCAGCCUCGACAACCUUCUGGAAACCAGCCCCAACAUUCCUAUUGACCUCAAAGUGCACCUUCUGACGGGGACUGGCCGAGGGGUGGUCUAUCUGCACAGCCGCACUCCACCCAUUGCCCAUCGUGAUCUGUCUGCCAAGAACAUUCUAGUCGAUAACGGUCUCAAUGCCAAGAUAGCAGACUUGGGUGUUUCUAGGAUUGUGAACAUUCAGCCUGGCCGGCUAGCUGCCUCGAUGACUCAAAUGCCAGGCACUGGUGUGUACAUGCCACCAGAGGCAGCUCAAGAGGAAGGGGUCACACGAUACAACACUGCCAUAGACAUCUUCUCCUUUGGUGUGGUAUCUCUCUUCACACUGACGCAAACCUUCCCUAAAAGUCUCAAGCCUGCUAAUUAUCGGGACCCUGCUACUCGAAGGCUGGUUGCUCGCUCUGAAAUCGAACGCCGUGAACAUUACAUCAUUCCAAUGAAAACAGCUCUUGGUGAGACCCACCCCCUAGUCCAGUUGACCCUCGCUUGCCUGGAGUAUGACCAAGAAGAUCGACCAUCUGCUGCAGUGGUGUUGAGAGGAUUGGAGGAGGUUGGAACAACACUCCCUCAGAACUGCACCCAGACCAAACUGGAACUGAUUCAACAGGUGGCUGUGAAGGAUGAAGAGAUACAGCAAGUUGCUGAAAGAGUUGCCAAUGAGAAGCAAGCUCAAAUUGACGCAAACAAAGUACUACACUUGGAGGAAAUAGAACAAAGGGACGUUGGAAUCAAUCAACUUCAGAGAGAAAUUUUUGAAAUAUCAAGUCGAUUAAAUGCGAAGGACACUCAAAACACUCAAUUACAAGCAUCUAUCGAUCGUCUUCAAGCUGAUAAACGAGAGCAAGUUCGUGGACUGGCAGAACUGACCACUCUCCAACAAGAGCAGUUGGAAGUUCAACGCAGAGAAAUUGAUCGUCUCUCCAUUUCAGUGAGGUCUCUACAGAUACAGCCUCAGGAGGACACACCUCAGGGCUCAGGACAGAGAGAGGCAACCACAAACAAAACCACACAACCAAUCAAGAUUGUUGAUUCGAGCACUGGAAACGCAUUGCUACCACACAAGUCGACCACACCACAACCAACUGUUCCUACUGCCAUCACCUUCAACUGGACAACAUGCAAGGACAUACCAAGGAAGAUCGAUGUGUACGGUCAACCUGUGACUAUCAACGGGAAGGUGUACAUGAGAGGCGAGAAUAACGGGACUUCGACUGUGCUAGUGUACACACCAGAUCAGGAUAGCUGGGAUGAUCUGCCAUCUCCUCCAGUGUACCGCUUCACCAUAGCAACACUGAGAGGUCGACUGCUAGUGGUCGGAGGUCAGGACAAGUCUAUUAAUAAGAACACGAAUACCAUCCUAACAUUCGAUGAGAGCUCUGGACAAUGGGUCCAGUCACUUCCCCGCAUGCCAAAAGCAUUAGCUGAGCCAGCAGUUGUUGAAUAUCAGAACCAUCUGAUCGUUAUCGGUGGACGUGACUCAAACAUCGCUAGGAUAGCUGACGUGAACAUUCUGAACACAAGUAACAAAUGGAUCACAGCCGAACCACUUCCCCGCACUGAUGACUACAGCACUUGCCUAAUUGGAGACACACUGUAUCGUGUAGGUCAAGUCGCUAAAGAAGUGUUUCGAGCUCAUGUACCCUCCCUCAUAUCACGAGCCAGUUCUGGUGUGUGGGAAUCUGUCGCAAGUGUGCCGUUCUAUCACUCGUCUCCCAUCGCCAUCGGCAACACCCUCCUGACUGUGGGGGGUAGGGAUUGUGAAGGAGUAUAUGGAGCUAGCACUACCUCAAGCAUCCAUCUGUACGAUCCCACUAAAGACCAGUGGACACAAUGUGGUGACCUUCCCGAGAAAAUGUAUGAUUGUAAUUGCAUUGAACUAUCUGGCAAACUGUGUGUACUUGGUGGUUGGAGAGGUAUCUUCAUUUUCAGUUCUGUGUACACAUCAAUCCCAUCCAUUACACACUAGUAGUUAAUUUUAAUUGGAAUUCCAUGUUUAUUAUAUAAUUAUAAGCAUCAUUAUCGUACAAUUAUGUGUCAGUUGAUUGAAUAUUGUUUCUGAUAUACAUUAUAUACACAAGAAAA